CAACUCUCUCUGUCUCUCUCAUUUUGUGUCUUCAUUGAGGCUGCUGGGUCUUCUUGCUGCGUCAAACCCUGUAAAAGGAUGCGGAGAAAGGUAAGCUAGAGAGCUGCGGGGGCUUCUUCUUGCAUCAAACUCUUCAAAGAUGCAGAGCCAAAUAACAUAGCGAAAGAGAGGGAAAGAAAGAGCAGAAAUGGUUUCUGUACUACUAACUUCGACGUCGUUCUCUCUUUUCUUCAGUUUCUUGCUCUACACCACACUUUCGUCGAAUGUGAAAUCAGGUGGAGUUUGUAUUUCCCCUGGUGGACGUUUCCCUCCAUUCCCAUUUGAAGGGCAUCCUCCCAGAAAAGCUACAAAGGGACCUAAAGAUUUGACCCUUUGCCGUGUUUUCCGGAAAAGAACAUGCUGUGAUAUAACACAGACGUAUCCCGCCUUGGUGUCCCUCAGAAAACUUGCCUCUUUGGGGGAAGCCAGUGAAGAAUGCUUGCAUUUAUGGGAGCUUUUAGAAUGCUCAAUAUGUGAUCCACAUGUUGGUGUUCGACAAGGACCACCAGUCAUAUGUGCAUCUCUUUGCGACGCAGUUUUCCAGUCUUGCUCAAAUGCCUAUUUUGCUUUUGAUGGAAAGACCCAGGUCCUAUCACCAUGUGGAUCAAGGGACAUUCUUUGCAGUAAAGCAUCUGAAUUUAUUUCAAACGGUUCAGAUCUUUGCCGCCUUGCAGGUUUCUCUGUAAAACAGUCUACCAAUGCAUACCAUAUAACUGAAGAUUCAUUCUGUUAUGGUGGGAAGGCCACGUUUGACUCAACUUCAGAUUCUUGGAGGCAUUCAGAGUCUGAAUCAUCAGAAGAAGCUCAAAAUUUCGGCAUGUUGACUGAUUUUCUUCAGUGGACAAGCCAAAUGUCCUAUAGUGAGAGAGUUUCUUGGGCAGUUGGAGGAUUGGUCCUUACUGCUGGUCUCUUCUUCUUCAGUAAAAGGAAAGGAUACAAUCAUCGACUGAAGCAAGUUGCAAUUCAACGAGCAACUCAGAAGAUCAGAAGAGAAGCAGCUAGGCGGUAGUGGUCUGCAGGUGUGAAGGGAUAUAUCAGGUCCUGUCAUUGUGCAUAAAGCAGUCCCUGUAUUCCUUUCUCCUGCUUAACAUGUGCUUCCCGUGGUUCUGCGCUUAUGCGUGGUCUUUCUACGUCUGGGUCUUGCUCACUUGUCUGUUAACUUUAUUUUGAACUGAAUAUUAAAAUGUAUUCUGCUUAGUUUUUUUGUGUUUUAGAUAAAGGUAAUUAUCUUGUUCUUUA